UACCUCAGCGAUAAGCCCACUUAUAAGAAGUAGAAGUAUUGUGAAUUUGAAAAAUGUACAGGUUUUAUAAUUCAAAGAAAUAGUGUAUGCUGCAAUGGACAUACUGCUACAUAACGUUGUACAAUAAUCUGAUCAUUUUAUUUUCGGAUGAACUGAUUACAUAAAAACUAUUCAUUUUGAAUUUUUGCUGGUUGUAUACAUUUUUAUUACGAAUAAUAAUUCAGUAUCAUGUUCUUAAAGCGUGAUAAUUCGAUUUGGCCGCCAUAGAGCACAAUAGUUCUCUGCGUGUGCCUUAUGCCAGGCCUCUAGAAUUUCAACAUGGCGUUUGGGACGUGUAUAAUAUAUUCGACUUACUUUGAUAUUUCGUGACGCCUAUGCGAAUUGUAAUUGUACAUGAAUUGGGAUAAUCGAUCGGAAUACCAAGUAUCAUGGGAGACAGCCAAGAGGAAAUAAUUUCCGAAACUGUAAAAAGUGAAGAAAUCGCUGGAAGGCAAAGUGCUGGCCAAAAACGCCGUAGAACUUUGACACCAAUGCGCCCUGUAGCAAUUGCACCAAAAACGAAUUCACCAAAGAAUAUCCAAAAUUUCGAUUUGAAUCAGGGAAUAAUUAUUAAGACAGAGCCGAGUUUUAUUGCUAUUACUUCAAGAGAGAAUCAAAUCACUAGUAAUAAUAGCAGUAGUAAUAAAUUAGUUUCAAAUUUGGAUCAAUAUUAUACUGGUGAAAGAUUUAAUACGAGGUCUUUCGAGUCGAUUAGCAAUGGCGAUGGUGCAAAACGUCUAAAACUCGCAACCAAAGAUGACGGAAUACGAUUUGUAAUAGUUCAAAAUCAAAAUCUGGAUACAUCCAAUACUAUUAUCAGUAAUGAUAUGAAUGAUAAAGUAAUAUCCAAAUCAAAGGACUAUCUGCAAGAAUUGUCCACGGUUAAAAAGAAUACACGUAGCGUUCAUAAUAUUAUUCAACGCCAAUGCAAUAUCUCUGAUAGAAUAAAUUUAAUUGAUUCCAACGACAUACCAAUGGAGACGGAUAUUACUCUAAAACAUUCUAAUGACGUUUCUAUGAUCAACAAUUUGGGAACUUUGAGUUGUGACGUAAAUCCUACUACGCUAUUGCCUAUUCAAAACUCCGUGAUGAAUAAUACUAAUGUUAAUAAGGAAUUGCAAAAACCCAAUAGCACAAAAUUAAUAGAAAAUCUGAAUUCCAAUCAAACGUCUAAACAGACAAAUUUAGUGAAGCCAAAAUCGCAAAAACCAGUUGUUAUAAUGCAACAAUUACUGUCACCCGCGGUAAAAGGCAAUGAUCCGAGAUCGAAACAUUUAUUCUGCCAGAGUUUUAAUAAAAUAUUACCGAUAAAUAUUCAAUGCGUGAAACAUGAAGGGAAAGUAUCCGAUCACACGUCCCAGGCCAAAUCGAACGAAGCUUAUAGCGACGAGUUGAAAAUUAUAAAUACCGACGCGACGAGAAAUAUCUACGAAUCCAAAAACGAACUUAUUUUGAAAACCGAAGAAUUUCCAGCCAUUAGUAGCAGCCAGAUUGACUCUGUGUUGAAGCUGAUUGAUAUGCAAACUCAAAGCAAGGAAUUUAAUCUACACGAAACUGUAAAUUAUACGAAAGAUAAUCGAGAAUACGACGGGAUUAAAUGCACGAAUAAUUUGCUGCCAUGUAAUCAGCUAAUUGAAAGGUGCAAUGAUAAUCUUCAAUGCUACAAGUGUAAAAAGUGUCCAUUCAUAAGUUUAAACGACAAACUUGUUAUGGAGCAUAUGGUAAAGGAUCAUUCGAACAUUGUUGAGCAACAUGAACAAUUGGUACUGAAAUGUCCUGGUUGCACAAAUACCUUUCAUGCUCGGACGUCCUUACUCUCGCAUAUUGUGCAUGAUCAUCAAGUACAAGAAACUGAGGCUCAAGUGAUGAUAGAGAAAUUGUGCUACCGAGAAAAAUCCAUUGAUGAAAAUGAUAAUACAAAAUCAGCGCCCGAAAUAACUGUUCCGAUAAGAAAAUCACAAAACGAGAGCAUUUUGCAAAGACAAAUCUCCAGUUCUAAUUUAGAAAUUGAUCAAUGUUUUGACAAUAUUCCAGAAUCCGAUUUGCCCAUCGAUAAUGCUAACACAACCGUGCCCACGUUAGAAAACAAUUUAUUAGUUAAUAAUAAUGAAGUGCAAUAUCUGCAAAAUAUAAAUAACAUGCAAAUUGUAUUAGCGGAUAAUAUUGAAGUGGACAGAUUACAAUCUAUACCGAUUCUCAGCGAUGUCAGAACGAUAUCAGAUAAAGCAUACGAGGAAGGAAUACAUGUAAAGGAUGGAGAAUCACAAGGACAAGAUCGAUCCAAAACCAUAGCUUUACGUGAAUUAAAGCAAGGCAUAAGAAACGUGGAAUGUGUGGACUUCAAAAAUGAAUCCCAAAUCCAGGAAAAAUCUCAAUCUGUGCAAGAGAACACUAUGAUAAAUCGUUCUCUGCAUAUUGAAGACACGACGUUUACUCAUAUAUCAGAAAAUGAAGUCGAUUUAGAAAAAACUGAAGGAAACAUUAGGGCAGUAGAACCGAAGAAAAAAGGCAGACCCAAAGGAUCUAAGACUAAUUCGAAUAAACAAAAUUCAGCGGAAUUAAAACAACUUGGCUACAAAUGCGCCAUCCCAGAGUGUGGCGUGCGUAUGCUUGCUCAGGAAAAUAUUGUUUUUCAUCAGAAAUGCCAUGCGGUAAUAACGACUGAUAAGAGUAAUAUGAAUUAUCAAUGCCCCGAGUGCUUAGAAUUUAAAUCUAAUAAUUGGAAUAACGUGGCUGGCCACUUAUGGAGGUCACAUAUUAUCGACAUGGAACUACACGCUUGUGAUUUGUGCAGUUAUAAAACACCUAGUUUAAGCAAUCUGAUGAAUCAACACCGUGGUAUUCAUGGAGAUGAUAGGCCUUACCUGUGUGAUAACUGUGGGAAAGGUUUUAAAACAACAAAACAAUUACGAAAUCAUCGCGCCCUGCACAGAGCUAAAAACAAGGAACCGUUAGAGUGCGAAGAAUGCAGACGGGUCUUCACAAACACAAGAUUACUAAAAUUGCAUAAAGACGCAGUGCACAAAGAUUGUAAACCAUUCAUGUGCAAUUUCUGCACUUACUCCGCAUCCACUAGAAGCGCACUAAAGUUACAUCUUAGGCGGCAUACAGGAGAAAAACCAUUUUCAUGCGAGCAAUGUAGUUACUCAACGGGUGACCAUAAUUCUUUAAGAAGGCAUAAAUUACGACACUUAGGAUUAAAACCUUAUAGCUGCCCGUAUUGCAGUUACGCCUGUAUACAAUCUUCUACGUAUAAAGUUCAUCUUAAGAAUAAACAUCCAGGUUUGGACCAUGGAUUAAUGUUUUCCUGCCAAUAUUGUUCGUACAGAUCAGUUAAGAAGGAAAAUUUAUAUACCCACAUGGCUAAACAUGAACAGAAUACUUCGAAAACAUCGGAGAAAUCAGACUCUCCUAUAACAACUAAUUCGGUACCAAUACCUUGACAUUACACUUAAUGAUACAUAUACAUAUUUAUGAGAAUUAAUAUAGUCAUAAAUUCCGGUAAAACAUACCUUCCACGGAUAUAUGUGCAUUUAUUGAUAUGCGCCCUGGGAGAGCCUUCGAAAUCGUUCCAAAAAAUUAUAUUUUAUUGUGUACAUAUAUUAUUUACGAUCUACAUAUAUACAUUUUAUAAUGUUCACUUUUACAGAUAAUUUGUAUCUUUGGCUUCCACAUUUUCUAGCUAAAUUUUAUACAGUAUGUAAAUUAAAUAUAAAAGAGUAAUUAGCGUUA